AUGCCACCGCUCCGACCCUCGUCUUUCGUCGCUCCCACCUCGACCACCAGCCUCCUCUCCCUCUCUCGACGUCUUCCCCUCGUCGCUGCCACCACCGCCGUCGUCACCCACCAACCCAUCCUCCACCCUCGCACCUUUGCCACCACCAGACUCGCAAAGAUGCCGCAGAUGCCACAGGGAAUCGUAAAGGGCGGAAAGGAGGACGUAAAGCUCAACAACCAGGCCCUCUUCCAGACAAAGGCCUACAUCAACGGAGCCUGGGUCGACGCCGACAACAAGUCCACCCUCAAGGUUUACAACAAGGCGACGAAUGCCGUCGUGGCCGAGGUGCCCGACAUGGGCAAGGACGAGACGGCGCGCGCCAUCGAGGCGGCGUCCGAGGCCUUCAAGUCGUGGUCCAAGACGACGGCCAAGCACCGCCACGACCUCCUCCUCAAGCUCUACCAGGCGCACCAGGAAAACGCAGAGGACCUCGCCAAGAUCAUCGUCGCAGAGAACGGCAAGACGCUCGCCGAGGCCAAGGGCGAGAUCGCCUACUCCAACUCGUUCCUCGAGUGGUUCGCCGAGGAGGCGACGCGCACCUACGGCCACACGGUGCCCUCGCCGCUGCCGGGCGUGCGCAACAUUGUCCAGACCCAGCCCGUCGGCGUCGCCGGCCUCAUCACGCCGUGGAACUUCCCCGCCGCCAUGAUCACGCGCAAGGCCGGGCCGGCGCUGGCGGCCGGCUGCACCGUCGUCAUCAAGGCGCCCGCCGAGACGCCGCUGUCGGCGCUCGCCUUUUGCCACCUGGCCGAAAAGGUGGGCUUCCCCAAGGGCGCCAUCAACGUCGUCACCUGCGCCAAGGGCGACAACGAGGCGGCCGUGGGCAAGGAGAUGUGCGAGAACCCGGCCAUCAAGAAGAUUUCCUUUACCGGCUCGACGCGCGUCGGCAAGAUCCUCAUGUCGCAGUCGUCGUCGACGCUCAAGAAGCUGUCGAUGGAGCUGGGCGGCAACGCGCCUUUUAUCGUGUUCGAGGACGCCGACCUGGACAAGGCCGUCGAGGGCGCGAUUGCGUGCAAGUUCCGCGGAUCGGGCCAGACGUGCAUCUGCGCCAACCGGAUCUACGUCCAAGAGGCCGUCAAGGACGAGUUCUGCAAGCGGCUGGCGGCCAAGGUGGACAAGUUUGUCGUGGGCAACGGCAUGGACCAGGGCACCACCCACGGCCCCUUGGUGAGCGAGGUGGGCGUCAACAAGGUCGACGAGCACGUCCGGGAGAGCGUCAAGGCGGGCGCCAAGGUGCUCGUGGGCGGCAAGCGGGGCGAGGGCCUGUUUUACGAGCCGACGGUGCUGACCGACGUGCCGGCGGGCGGGCCUACGGACCGCGAGGAGACUUUCGGGCCCUUGGCGGCGGUGUACACGUUCAAGACCGAGGACGAGGUGCUGCGCAAGGCCAACGACGUCAACGUGGGGCUGGCGGGCUACUUUUUCUCGUCGGACGUGGCGCGGUGCUUCCGGGUGGGUGAGGCGCUGCAGGUGGGCAUGGUGGGCGUCAACACGGGCCUGAUUUCGCAAAAUGUGGUGCCCUUUGGCGGCGUCAACGAGAGCGGCUUUGGGCGCGAGGGCGGCAAGACUGGCAUCGACGAGUACCUGGUGCAGAAGCUCAUGGUCUUUGGCGGUGUCGGCAACUGA